AUGUCUGGAAAGCGCGGUCGAGGUUCUACCUCCGGUAACAAGCUCAAGAUGACUCUUGGUCUGCCAGUCGGCGCCGUCAUGAACUGCUGCGACAACUCCGGUGCCCGCAACCUGUACAUCAUCUCCGUCAAGGGUAUCGGUGCGCGUCUCAACCGCCUGCCCGCUGGUGGUGCCGGUGACAUGGUCAUGGCGACCGUCAAGAAGGGAAAGCCCGAGCUGAGGAAGAAGGUCAUGCCUGCCGUCAUUGUCCGCCAGAGCAAGCCAUGGAGGCGAGCAGACGGUAUCUACCUGUACUUCGAGGACAACGCCGGUGUCAUUGUCAACCCCAAGGGUGAGAUGAAGGGCUCCGCCAUCACUGGACCCGUCGCAAAGGAGGCCGCUGAGCUGUGGCCGCGUAUCGCCUCCAACUCCGGUGUCGUCAUGUGA